AUGUCACAUCCGGAGCUCCUCCCGACCUGCAUCCAGAGUCUUCCGGACACGACGCUUGUUGAUACGGCCGAAGGAGACCAGAGCGCGUUCUUGAUGGAGCAACCAAUCCGCCGACGUCGAAGACCAACACUGGCCUGUAUACCUUGUCGUCAGAGAAAGAUCAAGUGUGACCGGAUCAACCCUUGCCGUCAUUGUGCCGCCACUGAGACCCAAUGCGUCUACGCAGUUCAUGGCAAUGAACCGCUUGUCCGGCAGCGGCCCCCGCCUGGUAACUCCGAGGGCUCGACAUCAAGCCCACCGGCUUCUGUACACUCGCCUGGAGCUCGAAUUCAGCAGACCAUCACAGCCAGAGGAACAGCAGGCGAUGUAGGCAUCCAGUGCGUAACCCAGCUCCCAGCAGCAGCAGCAGCUCAACAGACCGGCACUCCUAGUACCCUUCGCCGCCCCGGUUCUCCGGCACCAAGCCGUUCCCAGGAUGCAGAGCUAGACAUCCGGGAUCUCCUACAGCGAGUACAGAAGCUUGAGGAACGCUCAGCAUCCACUCCUGCUCGUGGGCUGCCUGAGACUGGCCAGGACAUAGUUGCGCGCCAGGACUCACAGAUAACUCUAAACAAAACGAGGAUCCUGGGAUGGAGCCACUGGAUGGGCAAAGCUCAAGAGUUCGGAACCAUUGGAGCCUGCUUUCUUGAGGCUGGCAAGCACGGCAAAGCCCCCUCGGCCCAAGGAGGUGAAAGCACCGGAGCUCUCUUUGCGGAGGCUGGCAGCAAUGGCAGAGGGCCAUCCUUCCAAACCGGCGAGACUGCAGCGCUGGUUGCCCGGAUGGGUGAGCUCAUGCAGACAUGCAAAGCAAUAGCCAAGAGCAUGAAGCGAGGAAGACCCAGCAGAUGUCUUUCAUGCCCUGGGUCCGGUCUUGCACCCCCGUCUCGUGAGGUGGCAGACACAAUGGCUGGCCUGUAUUUCCGUCAUUUCGAGUCAACCCAUAGGAUACUACACGUGCCUACCUUCUGGACAGAGUACUCUAGGUACUGGGAUGAUCCGCAGAGUGUUCCAACUGGCGUACGCGUCAAGAUCCUGCUUGUCAUUGGGGUAGGAUCAAGUCUAUGCGAUCACACAGCCGCGGACUCUGGACUUCGCAACAUGGUCCAUCAAUGGGUGUAUACUGCUCAGACGUGGCUGUCCGGACCCUUGGAAAAGGAUCGUCUAGACAUCACCGGGCUGCAAGUCCACUGCCUGACAGUCCUGGCGCGACAGAUCUUCUCAAUCGGAGGCGACCUUGUCUGGAUGUCAAUGGGAUCGCUCAUCCACAGGGCUAUGCAGAUCGGCUUACACCGCGAUCCUAAACAUCUGCCGACAAUGUCCGUACUACAAGCAGAACUGCGCAGGAGGCUAUGGGCCACAAUCCUCGAGUUGGUCGUGCAGUCCUCUCUGGACUCGGCGAUGCCACCCAGGAUAUCCUUCGACGAGUUCGACACCGAGGCACCUUCCAACAAUAACGAUUACGAGAUGGACGAGUCGACCAUGGUGCUGCAGCCUCAUCCGAAAGAGACCUACACUGGGGCUUCGAUGCAGCUCAUCCUCCUGGAUUCCCUGCCGACCCGUCUCAGGAUACUCCAGCUUCUGAACGGCUUGAACACCGAGCUCUCCUACCUGGACGUUAUUGCGCUGAGCUCGGAGAUCGCCGACGCAUGUCGGGCAUGCGGUAAUUUCAUGAAGAAGAACGAGGCGUCCGGCGUGACAACGUUCCACCGAAACCUGGUCGACUUCCUUGUGCGACGAUUCCUGAUCCCUCUGCACCGCCCGUUCGCGAGCAAGGCACGGACGAACCCCUUAUUCCACUACUCGCUCAAGAUCAGUCUGGAUGUUGCCAUGGCAAUCAUAUCGCCCGAACCAGAUGUAAGCUUCUCCCGUAUCAUGGCUAUCGGCGGAGCCCUCUUCAAAGAGGGCACCAGGUACGCAUCCGCCGUCGUCAGCCUCGAAUUCCUCGUCCACGUGGAGGCCCAGCGCCUCGACGGAACGUUGCAUCGCAGCUCGCAACACAGAGAGUUCCUCAAGCAGGCCAUGCGGGACCUGAUCUCGCUAUCUAUAGAGCGGAUCCGGCAGGGCGAGACGAAUAUCAAGAGCCACAUGUUCCUCAGCAUGGUCAUGGCUCAGAUUGAGGCGGCGGAAGCGGAUAUACCGUGUGAGCUCAAGGUUGCCCAGAGCGCAGUGGAUAGUCUUGAGUUCUGUCAUGGCAUUUUGCAGACGAUGGCUGGCACUGUCUCCCCUACAUGCAUGCAUGAUGCGGGCCCCAUGUCCACGAGUCUGGAUGGUAGUCUGGAUGGUAGUCAGGAUUUCGAUUGGGACUUGGACUUGGAGCUCUUCUUGCCAGAUGCGGACUUUGCGUAG